UAUUGGAAUAAUCUAAUGAAUUUGAUAUCCAUAAACGGGAAGAAGCAAAGAAGUCCAAUUGAGCAAGCACCAAGCCACCAACUACACCUUCAACACACGGCAAGGGGGUAAACAAUGGCGAGAACCAUCAAGAACAAACCCGGAUUCAGAUUAUGUAUCGGAUUUCUGUCCUCACCCAAAUCGAUUAUUUCCCCUACCAGAUCGAUCGAAACCCUAGCUUUCGAAGAAGUUCGCUCUCCCUCCCCCAAUCCCAAUCCCAAUCCCAAUCCCAAAGCCGAUUAUUCUGCGUUUAUUCUUCAUGGCUUAAUGGGAUCUGCGCGAAAUUGGAGAUCUUUCUCUCGCAGUCUGGCUUCCUCUCUCUCUACUUUCUCUCCACCUUCAGAUUGGAAGAUGGUUCUUGUGGAUUUGAGGAAUCAUGGUCGAUCAGCUGGUUUACAUCCGCCUCAUAACAUGGUCAAUGCUGCUAAUGAUCUGGAUAAUCUAGUAAAGUCUGAAGGUUGGAAUUGGCCUGAUGUUAUUUUAGGGCACUCCCUGGGUGGCAAGGUGGCCUUACAAUAUGUCAUGAGCUGUGCACGUGGUGAUUAUGGCAGUUCAGCCAAGUUGCCGAAACAGUUGUGGGUUCUGGAUUCUGUGCCUGGGAUAGUGAACCCCGAAGAAACCAGCGGGGAGGUGGAGAAAGUUUUGGAAACCUUGCAGACUAUACCAAAAUCAAUCCCAUCACGCAAGUGGCUGGUGGAUCACUUGACGAAUCUAGGAUUUUCAAGAUCGUUAUCUGAAUGGCUGGGUACCAAUCUCAAAAAAUCAGGAGAACAUGAGACAUGGGCUUUUGAUCUUGAGGGAAUCAUUCAGAUGUUUGAUUCAUACAGGGAGAUGGAUUACUGGCCACUCCUAGAACACCCACCCAAAGGGAUGGAGAUAGUGAUUGUACGUGCCGAAAACAGUGACAGGUGGGACCCACAUACAACGGAGAAGCUGAAAAGGCUUGAAAAUCGGAGAGGGGAUGAAUCCGUGGGUAAGGUUUCAGUUGUGGUUCUUCCCAAGUCUGGGCAUUGGGUUCAUGUGGACAACCCAAAGGGACUUCUGGAGAUUGUGACACCCAAAAUGGCAUCCCUCAUUUAAAGCCAAAAUGGGUUGGAUUUUUAUGGACAAUUAACAAUCACAUAUUUAUCCAUGUUGUGUGGUUUCUUGUAGAAGUUGCCAAAUAAAAUAUUGACUAAUUUCAAUAGUUGUAAUUCAAAGAACCACUUGGAGAAAAAUAUAUAGCAGUGGUUAUUUCAUGACCAAAUCUGCUCUCCAUGAAUAAACGUUCUUUCCAAAGGUAA